UCCACCGCGGCCCGGCCGAACCGCGAAGUCUCACCGCAUCGACGACCGUUACGCGCUCCCGUCCGCGCAACCGGCGGCACGCCGCGCACGGAUCAUCAGUUCAUCACUGACUCAUCGCCGUUGCUCCAGUCCAGUAGUACAGACUUCAGAGUGCCCUGUGCCCCCGCCGAUAUCGAUCCAUCCACUCACCGUCAAAAUGCCGAUCUCGCUCCGCCUCACCGUCCCGCCGCCGGCGCAGGCGCCCACACGCCGCCGGGCCCUGGACCCGAGAGCCGGCGGAAAUGCCGUCGCCGUCUCCCCGGUCGUAUUACAGCCGGCGCGCCCGCUCAGGGGAGCUGCGCCCGGGCCAUCGAGCGUGUGGUGGCGCCGCCGGGGAGACGCCGCCGUGUGCUGCGCGACGGCGCACGUCACCGCCGAGACGAUGCGAUGGGUGUCCGUUGGGGCCGCCGCUAUGUUGAUGUUUGCUAAAGGCACAACCAUACACAAAUCUCUCCUUGUCCCUCUCGUUGCUCUACAAGCACCUAAAGACGUCAUCUCAUGGACAAAAGGUGACUAUGGUCAGUGGACCGCUUUUCUUGGGCUUCUUCUGCGUCUGCUAUCCUUGCUUCCAGGUGAACUGGAGCUUCCCUUGUCAACGAUGCUGUUUGUUAGCAUUGCUCCUUACCAAUUCAUGAACUUGAGGGGCACUCAAGACUCUGUAAUACUGUCAUUGGCAAUAGCAGCUUAUCUCGCGUUUCAGCAUUUCACCGGGGCCGGAGGCGUGAGGAAGGCCUUCGACCGUGGAGCGGUAGUUGCAACCUUGUGCAUCAUCUGCAUCACGCUUAUCCCCCUCCUGUUCUUGCUCUGAUUCCGGUGAGGCGUAUGAUAAAGCCUUGCUCCUCUCAACUUUUGGAGGCGUGGAGAUGAAUUGCAGGAUGCUGAGAAGCUGCAGAAAACAAAGGAAGUUCUUUUUUUUUGUGGGGAACAAAGGAAGUUCUUGUGUUGCAUGAUCCAAGUCCUACAUAACCUGCAGCCUUUUCCUUAUUGAAAGCAACUUAUGAUUCAUCUACUGCUUUAAGCUUUUAAGCAUUUCAUGUAGUAGUGUGUAUGGCAUGAUGAUGUGAAUGUGAUAUAUGGUCAGUCAAAGUUUUCUCUCUAUCAUACCAAUAUCGGAUGUACUAGAUGGGUUGUCAGUCAAAGUUUUCUUGGCAUGAUUCAGUAGCUCUUCAUUUAUGCAUGUUGAGCAAAAGGAAAAAAAAAGUUUCACGUACAGCUAACAGAUGCCAUCUUCCAAAUUUCGAAACUCAUAGCAGCAGCGUGUGCGCAACGCGAUCUUUUCAGAUAUUUGGA